AUGCCAAGGGCACCUCGACGAGAGAAGUGCUGGCUCACACGACAGCGUGCUCAGUCUAGACUGGGUGUGAGAGAUUGCGAUUGCUCCAAGAGUGAUGUCUCUGCUCUUAUCAGCCGGAAGCCUUUGACUCUGGCUAAUGAGUUGCUGCAUGGAACCCUGGGCUGGCAUGCCCCUGGGUACACAGAGCUGCUUACACCUUCUUCUUCUGGAAAAGUUUGUCAUCAGUCAGAUAAUGAUAAUGAGGCCAUUGAACAGAUCGAUGAAGAUAUAGCCGUGACUCAGAGUCAGGUGAACUUCAUUUGUCCCAUUACACAGCUGGAAAUGAAGCGGCCAGUUCGAAACAAAAUCUGUGGACACUCUUAUGAAGAAGAGGCCAUUCUAAAAUUUAUCCAGACUCGAAAGCAGCAAAAGAAGAAAGUCCGGUGCCCUAAAAUUGGCUGUAGCCAUGCUGAUGUAAAAGGAUCAGAUCUUGUGCCAGAUGAAGCACUUAAAAGAGCAAUUGACAGUAAGAAUAAACAAAGCUGGUCAACACUGGAGAAGUCAGAUGAAUACGAUACUUCCACAGACAAAAUUUGUUGUUAGAGGUCUUGUGAGAUAAGCUGCUGAUUUUCAGUAGGUUGUAUAACUGAUAGUUAUUUAAAGUGUUUCAUGUAUAAGCAAGGUUGAAGGUCUCGGCUGUAACUGAAAGCAUUUUUUCAACUGCCAACUAUGAGGAAUUCCAGUUUAACUUGUUCGGGGUUUUUUUAACCUUCCUGAAAUUCUGAAAGCUUACAUUUUUUAAAUAAA